AUGGUUGUGAACGAUACGAUAAACAAAUCAUCGACUAAUUGUCCAUUAUUACAUCGAUAUUGUUCACCACAACAUUUUGCAUCGUCUCAACAUCAAUUCGGUACAUUUGGUCAAUCGACUUCCGUGUUGAAUUUACCACAACAAUCAACUAUUCCACUACAAAAAACAAUUUAUCAUUCGCAAAAUUCAUCAAAAUGUGUAUCACCAAUACAUUGUCCUCAACAACAUCAACAAAAGGUACAAGGCGCAGUUGAAUCUACGACAAUGGCAACAGCAAAACGUUCAUCUACCCCAAUUGCACAUAAUCCACCAUUUGAAUGUGUAUGGAAUUGGAUAUUAUUUUCACCAACGCACUAUCCUGAAUAUUAUAGUCCACAACAAUGCAAAAUUAAUGAUUCUUCUUCUACAAUAUAUUCAAAUACAGAAGAAAAUGACUUGAUAUCAUGGUUAUUAGAUAGUGAUGAAGAUCUGUCAUCUUCUACUGAUACUACCGAUGCGGCGUCCGAUGAUGAAUCAUCAACGAUAGAUUCGGUUGUUCGUCAGCGAUGCGCAUCGCCAACAAGAUCCGAUUCAGAUGAUGGUUAUAUAUCGUCAUCUGAUCAAGGAUCAAAUUCAUUAAUUUAUUCGUCUUGUGAAUUAAUAAAAGAUGAAGAAAUACUCGUUGAAAAAUUACCGAAAAUUAAUCCGAGUAGUAGUAGCAGUAUUCAAGACACAUCAUUGCAUGCACCUCUUAAAAAAGCGCCUUUGUCAUAUGCGGCAACCGUUAGUUCAUCCAAACCAAAUACGAUUUUGAGUAAAAUUCCUACAUCACCUAUUAAACCACCAAUGGCAACAAUAAACGAUAGUCCGAUACUGCGUUCACCGACAUCAACAACAUCGUUACAAAAACCAAAAUUAUUCUUUGUUGCACCUCGUUUUGAACGUUUAUAUCAACAAAAAGAACGGACAAAUAAUACGUCAUCGUCUUCAACGAAUAAUAAAAUUCGUACGCUUAAUCAACAACCAACAACAUUAACAACGACUUUACGUUCAAGCCGUCCACUAACAACAACCACAAUAACAACAAAACGUCGUUCAUAA